AUGUUUGACGAGGCCCAGCGUAUCGGGCACCAGUUGCAGAUCGACUUCGAUCGCUACGACCGCCGACAGGAGAUUUUCCGCAAGAAGUUUGCAGCGGACACACGCAAGCAGCACCAAGGAAUCUGCGAUGGCGCCGUUACAAACAGCGCGACCUCGGUGAGCGUAGCUGCGCUAAUAGUUACCACCGACAAAGAGAAACACCCUGAAGUAUUUCGCGCACUUUCGAGCUUCUAUAACCCUUCAGACGCGGCCACUUAUGUGGUGUGCGAGCUGUGCUUCGGCUUCCGAAGCGCUACGACGGUCCAGCCGUUACCAACACCUUGGAUAGAGUACUGCGAUGAAACUACAGGGAAGCAUUAUUUCUACGACUCAAGCACUCGACACGUCCGAUGGCAUCCGCCACCAGCUACCGAUGCGCUUAGUGUGCUUGUGUUUGAGCGCACCAACUCGAUUUACACAGUUUGCCACUGUAUCCCAUCCAACGAGCGACGAAGGCGGCUUAUGCAGAAGUUCCGGGAACACACAACGCAGAUGGCAAGAGAAGAGGUCGAGAAGCGCGAUCGCCAUCUUCGCGGCGCCUUCAUUUCCCUUGCCAUGUCACUGGUCCCCUUCUCCGGCGAGCCAAAGCAGAUAUGA